GUGAAGGAAUCCACUGUUUACCACUAACAGCGUCGUGUCAAAAGCCUUUGACUCAAAAGGAAUGAGUACUGCCACCAGACUAAAGAUGCCGUAUAACACAGUUUAAGAUAAGCGAUAAUUAAAUUUAAAUGGUCAAGAACAGCGGUUGGAUACUCUAAUUUGGUUUAGGCUUUUCAAGUCGCAUGACUGAGAGAGGUUGCUCUUUAUCAUUUCCUCAAACCGUCCUUAGCAUGUGACUCCUCCACCUACUGUAUGAGUCCAAGUUGCAAUGGAUGCAGCGCGCAUUUAUGUAUUUGCGUUUCUCUUCGGUUUAGUAUGUUCUCGCACUGCCUGGGAUGAUGAUUUCAGUGCGUCGACUCCAAACAUCAUCAUCAUGUUCAUGGAUGAUAUGGGAUGGGGUGACUUAGGGGUAUUUGGACAGCCCUCCAAAGAAACCCCCAACUUGGACAGGAUGGCAGCGGAUGGGAUGCUGUUCCCUGACUUCUACUCUGCCAACCCACUCUGCUCACCAUCUAGAGCAGCUCUGUUGACUGGAAGGCUACCUGUCAGGAAUGGAUUCUACACCACUAAUGCUCAUGCAAGGAAUGCAUACACACCUCAGGAGAUAGUUGGGGGAAUCUCAAAGGAGGAGAUUCUUCUGCCAGAGAUACUGAAGAAAAAGGGCUACGUUAGCAAAAUUGUUGGCAAGUGGCAUCUUGGUCAUAGGCCAGGUCAUCUACCUGUGGAGCGCGGGUUUGACAAGUGGUUCGGUGCACCCAACUGCCACUUCGGUCCGUUCAACAGCAGCAGCAGGCCCAACAUUCCAGUCUACAACAACUCUGAGAUGGUCGGAAGGUAUUAUGAAGAAUUCAAGAUUGACCGGAAAACCGGUGAAUCAAACCUUACGCAGAUCUACCUGCAGGAGGGACUGGGCUUCAUCUCCAGCCAAACCUUAGCACGCCGGCCCUUCUUCCUGUACUGGGCUCCGGAUGCCACCCACGCGCCUGUGUACGCCUCAAAGCGCUUUCAUGGGAAGAGCCGGAGAGGACGCUAUGGGGACGCUGUGAUGGAGCUGGACUACAGCGUGGGCCAGAUUCUGGACGGACUCCGCACCCUGGGCAUCCACAACAACACCUUUGUCUUCUUCUCCUCAGACAACGGAGCAGCAGUCAUGUCUGGACCAAUGCAGAGUGGCAGUAACGGUCCAUUCCUCUGUGGGAAGGAGACCACGUUCGAGGGUGGCAUGAGGGAGCCCGCCAUCGCCUGGUGGCCUGGACGCAUCCCCUCGGGCACGGUGAGUCAUCAGCUGGGUAGUGCAAUGGAUCUGUUCACCACCAGCCUCGCUCUGGCCGGACUGGCAGCGCCAGACGACCGGAUGCUGGACGGACUUGACCUGCGGCCGGUCCUCUUCAACAACUCUCUCAUUGACAGGCCCAUCUUCUAUUACCGCGGCAACGAGAUGAUGGCGGUGCGGGUGGGCGCCUACAAGGCACACUAUUGGACAUGGAGCAACUCGUGGGAGGAGUUUAAUCAGGGUAUAAACUUCUGUCCUGGCGAAGAGGUGGCUGGGAUCACGACACACACCCAGGAAGAGCACACGAUGCAGCCUAUCAUCUUCCACCUAGGGCGGGACCCUGGCGAGAAAUACCCAAUCAGCGUUCUUAGCAAAGAGUACAUGGCUGUUUUGAAGCACAUUGACCCAAUAGUAGAGGAGCACAGGCAGACCCUGGUGCCUGGCAUGCCUCAGCUCAACAUGUGUGACCUGGCUGUCAUGAACUGGUCUCCUCCUGGGUGUGAGAAGCUCGGAAAGUGCCUGACACCCCCAAAGUCACAGCCGUGGAAGUGUGAUUGGCCACACUGAUCCAAGAUCUGCCUGCAUAUGUCUUUGGCAGUGCCCUGCCUUUUGAUGGUGUCAAACAGCCAGACAACCAGAGAGAUUCCCAUCAUCCCCUCGGACUGUUUUUAUGGCGAACCUGAGAAUGUUUUUUAACCAAAAUGACUUUCUAUGAUUGUCUGUGUAAAUGUGAAUAACAAACUUGAUCUGAGCUGUGACAGUCUAUGAAGGGAAGUUUGGGUACAUUUAGUAAAAACAUGUACUUCAUUUGAUGAGUAUGGAAUUGAUCGGAACAUAGUAGUAAAUGUCCCUGUGUAGUAUUGUGUAUUCUGUCCAUUUUCAAAAUUUCUUUCCCCAGAUUUUUACAAGUAGAUGAGUUCAGUUGGAUAAGAGAAAUGGAUAAAAAUUAAAAAAAAAGACAUUCCAAUGACA